UGAAUGAGAAGGGGUGGGGGACCUUAUAAGAACGUUCACAAGAAAUGAGGGGAUGCGUUGCUUUACUUGCCCUACUCUAAACAAUUUUGAAUCUCUCCCUAAGAGCUCAAGCUCUACCUACAAUUCUAAACCAUGGACGUCGACUGGUGCCUUUCCUGUGAUCGCAAACUUCUCGGUUUGGCCACUACUUCUGGUCCAUACUGCUCCUCAGAGUGUCUUUCCUAUGCUCAACCAGCAUCAUCAUCACCCAGACCAGCUGCUCCAGUAGCUGCACCUAACACUCAUCGCAUUCACCAAUGGGCUGCUGCUAUCCCGCCCCAUGUACCCGCUGGAGCUCCCUCUUGCCCCUUCUCAGAACAUUCUGAGCACUCUUCAGCAUCCACUCAAUCAAUUCGUCGUUCCCCUUCACCUCGUGCCCGCUCCCAGGCAACCCCCAAGUUGAUUGAGCGCACCUCUGCUAUAACACCUAUCCCCACACUUUGCGUAUCUUCACCUGCUCAAAUUCGCCCUCUUCUUCCCUCGCGCAGCACACACCGCGCUUACUUCAAUGGAAAUACCGCGUGCAACACUACUGCUAGCAUAAGCGAAGCAAGCACCUCACUCACUAGUCUCUUGAGCGAACCCCUCGUGGCUACUCCCGACGAAGGAGACUCCCCAUUUGGUAUUGGUGCUUUCGUUCGCUCGUGGGUUCAUCGCGACCGCGAACAUGCCAAGUCUACCAACGAAGAAGUCGUUAUAGAGGAAAUUAAAUCAUACUUCCCCCCUUAUUCAUCCGCCGCCAAGACGACCUCUUUGCCCCGUUCAAAAAAAUCUAGGAUCAUCCAAUCUUCUUCCCCUGCCCCCGUUGUUCGCCAAAAGUUCCCCACUACCAAGGUUUCUCUUUUUAAUGACCGUGACCGCUCAACGCCCACCGACUCUCACACCCCUACCCCCGUUGUCUUCCCUUCAUGCCGGGCUGCCGAGCUUGACUGGGAUGAUGACGACCAAGACAGUUUUGUACCUCCGGCUCACUACCACCACCAUUACCAGCAUAACUACGAGUCUCGGCCGCGUGCUGCAUCUCCCUCCCCUUCUGAUUCCAGUUCCGAUUCAUCCAUCCUCCUAAUGGCAUCGAAGCGAUUGGACGGCGUUAGAGGUCGUCGUGGCGGUCGUCUUAUCUGAGGUCCUGCGCGUCUUCUUCUUUAUCACUAUCGUUCCGCGUUCCUCACUCAGCAUCAUUCACAAAAUCGCCUCGUGCCGAUAGGCCCUAUUCACGCAAUUUGACUUAUGGACUUCCUUAUCCCCAAAAAUCACCUCAUAGCUGUUGUUCGUUUUACUCCCGUCCAAAACCCAGGGACGCUCUCAGUGCAUCUUGUACACCACUUAUCCUUUCGCUGCUGCUCGAGUUCAGCACACACCAUCACAGUCCUUCGCUUUUUCUUUAUUUUCUUCGCACGCACACACUCCUUCUCACCAUACACUUGUAUAUACAUGCAUAUACACAUAGAUAGCUCGUUGCACUUGCAUAAACACGUCUCAUUCUCGACCACCCUGGAAUAUGGUAUUGAUUUAUUGUACAAUAGAUUUUGACGCGAGUCAAAGGAAUUCAUCGUUGAACACAUU